AUGCUGUACGCCGAGGCAUUGCUCUUCUUGGAUGGGCCUUCCAGGUCAGGCGAAUCAGCUGCAUUAAUGGCCCAUGCUAUGGCACAAACUCGAAGCGUGCCUCGGGAAGUGCUGGAAGCCCUUGGAAACACAUGGCCACUGGACAUUGCUGCUCGACAAUUCGAGGAGAUCUUCGUUUCUACCCAGCCGGCAGCCUUCCAAGAGGAGGCAAAGCCAGCGGGCAGGCAGACCAGCCAGGCAGCUAUUGUGAUUUGCGAAUGCGGCGUUCAAGACGGGUCGUGGCUUGCUGAGCUUAUCCCUCAUGAGCUUGUCGCAACAAUAUUUCUGUACGACGUUUGUGAUCCUCGAACAUCAUUGCCAAACAUGCUGUCCACAGCAGCUUUCAGAGAUAGGUGCGCGCAGGCAGAUGGCAAGCCUCUCCCAGAUACUCGCCCGGACUGCCCGGGUGAGGUAAUCUUGCAGCAUAUGCUCAGGCAUGCAGCUGAUGGGGCGGAGUUUCUCGCAUAUUUGCCGUCGAUUCCACCUAACGAAUACGAGCAGCAUCUCUACAGCAUGGCUUUCAAGAGUCUUGCAAAGAGAUCACUUUCUGUGGAGUUUCUGGCGCUCGGUCAUUCACGUACAACUCCAAGGGUGCUUGAUCCCUGCCAGCGGGUCAUGCUGACAACCCUUGGCAUAAACGGUCAUGCUGCCGGAUAUGACGCGCCUCGUUUUCUUGCCAGCGCUGCCCGCGUAUCUAAGUCACUGGAGCAGGCGCGCGCCAUCAAUGUUUCUUUGGCGACUUCAGACGAAUGCAAGGGCCGCACGUGGACGUCUGUGAUGCGAGGCUUGUGGCAUACAGUCUUUGGAGAGGUUGCGCUGCAACCGACUCGCGCAGACAAUACAAAGGUUCCAAGCUUCCUGCGUGUGUUAGAUGGUCCAAGCGGAUUUGCAAACAGCAGGAUGCCGAAAUCUUCUGACUAUUUGUCCUGGGCUGCAAGAGGGCUAAGUCACGCUUGA